AAUAUCAUCAUCACCAUCAUCAUGGACAGCCUUGAAGAGAGAGUUUCUGUGUUCUACUAUGAAAAUUCCGAUGAAUCUGAUCAGAAUUCCUCGGAUUAUGAAUUCGAUGACGACACUGGCGAUUCAGAUGCCAAACGACAGAGGAUCUUGUACUGGGAAUCACAACAAGCUGUGCUUCAGGAGGUCUUAGAACGAAGCAGUUUAACCGGAACAAAGUUGCGGCAAGAGGUUUGCGAUAUCACAGAGAAGGUGAGAUCAGAGCAAGGAGAUUUGUGUCGAUGCCGCAACAAGGCCAAUGUUGAUGCAUGCAACAAUUGCUUGCGGCAUGAAAUCGUCAACUCACUUUGCAAUAAGGGAUUCAAAGCCUCACUAUGCAUAUCAAAAUGGUCCGAGACCAAAAAAAUACCAAGAGGAACUCAUGAGUACAUCGAAGUGAUUGGAAACUCAUCCUCAUCAAGCCGAAAAAAGCAACUUUUAUAUGUAGUUGAACUGGAAUUUCGCGAUCAAUUCGAGAUUGCAAAAGCAUGCAAUGAGUACCGGAAUCUGGUAAGGAUGUUACCAAGAACUUAUGUAGGAAAACCCGACUGCCUCAAGGCCAUUGUUCGAGUUGUAUGCGAUGCAGCCAAGCGAUCAAUGAAGGAAAGCAGAAUGCAUAUGGGUCCGUGGCGAAAGGGAAGCUUCAUGAUAAUGAAAUGGUCGGCUUCCAUUGAGAAGUUGGCUUCAAUUGAAGCGGCAUCAUCGACAUCAAAUAGAUAUGAAGGGCAGUCAUCACUUUCAUCAGAAGUAGCACAUGCAUCAUCUUAUCGAUACUUUGCAGCUCCGGCUGUAGCAGUCACGUAA